GAUACUGAGAUCAAUCCGGCCUCUCUCUUCCGCCCAGUGAAGAAGAGAAAGUUCCUGCGACGCCGACCGGGGGACAGCUUAGAGGAUGCGCAGGGUACCACCGCGGAAGUUUAUGGCCAGCCAUCAGACGGACUAUCCUCCCUGCCUCAGUCGGAUGGGUUGGAUACGAGCCAUAAUUUAGAUGCUGCUCGUCUUCGGCGGUUACAACGGGCUCGCAAAGGGGGAAUUGAAUUCUCAACCGCUUCGCGGCCAACGUCGAAAGACGUUAACCAGAAAACUAUCACAUGCACGACGGCCGAGAAUACGGAGAAUGAGAGAUUGCAAGCGAUGUCUGAUCGGUUCACGGCGCAUACAGGGCAGACGGUGGACGUUGACAAGCAUAUGAUGGCUUACAUAGAAUCCGAAAUGGCCAAGCGUCAUCGAGGCAGCGUGUCAGCCGAGGACGUUCGCGACAGCUCGGCCUCAACAAUCACAGCGACAGCUGCACCGUCGAUGGCUGACCUACCACAACGUGAACCGGCCUCGUUGGGUAAACUACACGAAAUUGACCUUGGUCAGGAGUCUAAAUUGCAAAACAUCGCUCGGACUGAAGCGGCUACUAGAAAGCUCGCUGGGAACGAUAAUGACCUGCUGCUUGCGACAGAAAGCGGCUCCAAGGCGACACAUUCAGGAAAGGAGCAGAGGCCAUGGCGCAACCGGAAGCGACGAACCAGCGAGGACGUUGAACGAGAUCGACUGGUUGAAGAAAUUCUACGAGAGAGUAAAUUGGACGUCUAUGAUGGCCCUUUAGAGGGCGAGGAAAAUGAGGCAGGAGACGCAGAUGGUCAAGCCGCCGACGAUAGGGUGGCAGAGCAAUUCCGGAAAGAUUUCCUUGAUGCCAUUCAGUCCCGUCGUCGGGUGGCGCGAGCGAGAAAUACGAAAUCUACCAAGACCGAAGCCUCCCGAGGGCCGAAGUUAGGGGGCAGUCGAAGUGCUCGAGCUGCUAUGCGUGAGAUGCAGGAAAAAUCAGGACGGAAAUGA